UUGAAGCUAAGGGGGGCGUAAACAAACCUCUAACUUGUGACAAGGCUUUUUUCUAUUAAACCUUCCUCUGUGUUCCUCUCUGUUUGAUUUGUGUUUGCUUUAUCUAACCUGUUUGGAACUUUUAUCGCUUGUAAAAACCGCCAGGGAGUGACUCAGCAUUUUAUCAUAUAAUCACCAAUCUCCAGUUUAGCUUGCCAUGCUACUAGCUCGUUGCGAAACUCAUCGACAACAACAUUCCUGUCCGGAUUACACAGCCUGUAAUCUGAAGAGUUAAUGCACCAGACUGGCUUUGAGGAGAGCGUAAUAAGGAGAAAGGGAGCCAGGUAGAGUAAUACAGAAUGUCUAUUCAGUAUGACGACCCUACGUUAACGGGGAGUUACGGUGUUGUGGGGUCUUUCCCCAAAAGUUUUGGCUAUGGGGUGGAUGUGCCAGACAUGGAGGAGAUCUCCUCAUCAGCUGACAAACCCAGGAUCCUGCUGAUGGGACUGAGGCGGAGUGGCAAGUCCUCUAUUCAGAAGGUUGUUUUUCACAAGAUGUCACCCAAUGAAACUCUGUUCCUCGAGAGCACCAACAAAAUCUACAAAGACGACAUCUCCAGCAGCUCCUUCGUCAACUUCCAGAUCUGGGACUUUCCUGGCCAGGUGGAUUUCUUCGACCCGACGUUUGACAGCGAGAUGAUCUUCAAGGGAACCGGCGCUUUGAUCUUUGUCAUCGAUGCUCAGGACGAUUAUGUGGAAGCUCUCGGGCGGUUGCACCUCACCGUUUCCCGAGCCUACAAAGUGAAUCCAGACAUCAACUUUGAGGUGUUCAUACACAAAGUGGACGGUCUGUCAGACGAUCACAAAAUAGAAACACAAAGAGACAUUCAUCAGAGGGCCAACGAUGAUCUGGCUGAUGCUGCACUGGAGAAGCUUCACCUCAGCUUCUACCUCACCAGUAUCUACGAUCACUCCAUAUUCGAGGCCUUCAGUAAAGUCGUACAGAAGCUGAUCCCUCAGUUACCAACGCUGGAGAACCUUUUGAACAUUUUCAUUUCUCACUCUGGGAUCGAGAAAGCCUUCCUGUUUGACGUCGUCAGCAAGAUCUACAUCGCCACAGACAGCUCUCCUGUGGACAUGCAGUCCUAUGAAAUCUGCUGCGACAUGAUCGACGUGGUCAUCGACGUCUCCUGCAUUUACGGGCUGAUGGAGGACGGCAGCGGCUGUGCCUACGACAAAGAGUCUUUGGCCAUCAUCAAGCUCAACAACACGACAGUGCUUUAUCUGAAAGAGGUGACAAAGUUCCUCGCUCUGGUCUGCAUCCUGAGAGAGGAGAGCUUUGAGAGGAAAGGUCUGAUAGAGUAUAACUUCCAUUGUUUCCGAAAAGCCAUCCAUGAAGUGUUUGAAGUUGGCGCCUCAACACCCUGCGUCAGCUCGUCCCACAACAACCUGACCGGCCUGAAGUACGCUGCAGUGAACGGCAGUGCGAUCUAAAGAGCUGGGACAAGAAAAGACACUGACCUAAUGAUGACUAGAAAUAAUAUGAUGGCACACAAGUACCCUGACGCACUUUCGAUGCCUUGCUUUGUGCAACUGAAUGUUAGAGAAGCCGAGCUGCAGCGGGACCCUGUACCUGUGGAUGCUGGAGUGAACCUGAUCUACCUAGUUCCUGAUUGAGAAGAAGAGGAGUAUGAAAGAUACAGUUAUCAGAUUUAAAUCUGUGCGGGUGAUAUAAGCCAAAAACAAAGACCACCUGUGAUCAAAUAUCUAUUAAUUCCAUCAGCUGUGUUUACCUUCUUGGCCAGUUUAUUCUGUGAACUCUGCAAAAUAUAAAGACUUUUAACGCGUUGCUCGAGGUCCGACUGAACAAAGUAUGAAAGCUCUGUUGACUCCAGCUGCAAGCAUUUCUCUGUGAAUUCACUUUACGCUCUGAAACAUAUCAAAUUUAACCCAUGAUCCUGCUCAUUUUACCUUAAAAGAUGGACUCCUGUAAGUAGAUUCAACCCCAUGUGUGGAAAACAAACAGCCAGUACUCUCCACGGACAAGAACUGUGCCUGUUACCCCCCCUGGAGACUUUGUUGAUCAACAGGUUGGGGAUGAAUUACCAAUCAGUCUUCCCACACAGUCCACUUUCCGUAAGCGAUGAAUGUUUUGACCAAAUUCCUUUCCCACAGAUCCAGUCUGUAGCAGAUGUUUAGCUCUCUGUUAGAGUAAGAGGGACCUGAGUCACUCUUCAUGAUGAUUUGUUUUUAUUAUUGUACAUAAUUCUUUAAUAAAAUAUCUUUCAUAUUUGCCGA